AUGGAUGGUGAAAGCGUUGACGAUUUUAAUACNGGAGAUGAGGGUUUUUCAGACAUCGUUCCUAGUGUGAACAUGUGUUUUGACAGUAUGGAGGAUGCCAAGAAAUUUUAUUGUGAUUAUGGAAAAAGAUGUGGUUUUGGUGUUCGAACAAGAACUUCAAAGAAGAACAACAAAAACGAAGUUUAUUACUUGAGAUUAGUUUGUUCAAGGGAAGGUAGAUAUGUUUCUAACAUUCGUCCUGAAGUCAAAACUCUACCUAGUCAAACAAAUCAAUGUCCUGCAGGAAUCACAUUUGCUAGAAAAGAUGAGAAAUGGGUUGUUAGGACUAUUGUUGUAGAGCACAGUCAUGAGCUUUGUCCACAAACCUCCAAUCUAAUUCGUGGCAAUAGAAAAUUGAACAUGCACGCCAAACACACGUUGGAAGUUAACGAUGACGCGGGUGUACGUAUAAACAAGAGUUUUCUUAGCAUGGUGAGUGACGCUGGUGGAUAUGAAAAUAUGGAAUUUAUGGAGAAAGAUGCUAGAAACUUCAUCGGUCAACAUAGAAGGUCAGUUUGUAAGGACGGAGAUGGUCAGACGCUACUACGUCACUUUUCAAAAAUGAGAGACCUGAAUAACGAUUUCUUCUACGAACUAGAAAUGGAUGAAGGAAAUAGAAUUACUAGUGUAUUUUGGGCGGAUGCUAAAAGCCGAGCUGCUUGUGAAGAAUUUGGUGAUGUGGUUUCUUUCGAUACGACUUAUCUAACAAACAAAUAUGACAUGCCAUUUGCUCCAUUUGUGGGAGUAAACCAUCAUGGACAAUCCAUCCUACUUGGUUGGGGAUUACUUUCAUCAGAGGACACUACCUCAUUUGUCUGGUUAUUCCAGACUUGGUUAAGAUGUAUGGCCAACAAGGCACCAGACAGUAUAGUCACAGACCAGUGUAGAGCAAUGGCUAAUGCAAUUAAAGAAGAACCCAAAAUGCAGAGAUACCAAACGUUGUGUAAGCGGUUCUAUGACAUAGCUGAGGCUGUUUGUGAAUCUCAAUCAGCAUCUAAUGAAUUGGAAAAAGAAUUGAAUUCUCUUCGUAAAAAGUUUGGAGUCAAUACACAAUUACAAAAUAACAUAGUAAGUGAGGAAGGACAACUGAGGUAUGAAAAUCCACUCAACGGUACUCCAUCGAACACCGCAUGUGGAAGUAGUGAUGUACUUGUUCGCAGUCCAAAAACGGUGAAGCGUAAAGGCCGACCAAGAACUAACAGAUUGAAGUCAUGUGUAGAAACACUAAGCAGAAAAAGGAAAACCACUUCAAGGAAGCAUGCCUCAACAACAACGCAUGAACAAAAUGAAACAACUACGUCUAAUCUGACACAAUCCGAAGAGGUACUGCGUUAUUCAAACGAAACGCAACAAGUUUCACCACUAUCUGAAAUGCCUCCACUUGGCUUCAUGUCAUUGUUAUCAGCUGUUCAUAAUAAUUUUGAUAACCCACUUUGA